CUCUCUCGGCGCUUUUGACAGAUGGAGCUGGUUUGAGUCGGGACUCGGGGCUGAGAGCAUAUUGUGGGACAACGGGAAAGAAAUUUGGUUUUUCUGUCUUUUGGUCUGCAAUGAGAGGGGAACAGGCAGAAAAUGGAGAGAACUCAACGAACUCGCAGAGCGAGAUGCUGAUCAACCAGCUGAAGGAGAUCACCGGCAUCCAGGACCCUCAGGUUCUGUACAGAGCCAUGAAUGCCAGUCAGGGUGACAUUGGACACGCUGUUGGACUGCUGACAACUCAGCCUGCAGAGGUUCAGGAUCCGGGGGAACCACAGGAGUUAGAGACCUCCGGAGAGGCCUGGGAGGGCCAGAAAGGACUUCCUAAAGAUGAACUGCAGACCGCCAUAGAGCUCAGCCUGCAGGAGUCCCACAAUGCCCAGGAGGAGGAGAGAGAAUUUAACAGGGCUCUGGAGGCCAGCGCAGAGGAGAACGCAGCGAGAAUGAAGAGGAAGAGAUGUGAAGCCCAGAGUGAGACGUGCAGUCCUGCAGACUGGAUCCGCCAGGACGACUGGCCCGUGGGCAUCCGCAAUGUUGGAAACACCUGCUGGUUCAGUGCUGUCAUCCAGUCACUGUUCCACCUGCCCGUGUUCAGGAGGCUGGUUCUCAACUACCAUCUGUCCGAGCGAUUACUGGAGAAGUGUAAGAGCCACUCUGACAAGAGGAACAUAGCUUUCAUGCAGGAGCUGCGCUGUCUGUUUGCCCUCAUGGUCGGCUCCACUCGCAGGUUUGUGGAUCCGUCCGCUGCGGUGGAGUUACUGCGAGACGCCUUCAGGACGAGCGAGGCCCAACAGGAUGUCAGUGAGUUUUCCCACAAACUGCUUGACUGGCUAGAGGAUGCGUUUCAGCUUGCUGCCAAUGGAAGUAACGCAGAAGACAAACAACAAAACCCCAUGGUCCAGCUUUUCUACGGUACCUUUGUGACAGAAAGAAGACAUGAGGGUAAGACUUUGUGUAAUAUCGAGCAGUUUGGCCAGUACCCCCUGCAAGUCAACGGCUUUAACAACCUGGACGAAUGUCUAGAAGGAGCUAUGGUUGAGAAGGAGAUUGAGUCACUACAUUCAGAUCACAGCGUCACAUCUGGCCGCGAGAGAUGGUUCAAAACGUUGCCACCAGUCUUGACAUUUGAACUGUCUAGAUUUGAAUUCAACACCCAGCUCGGUCGACCUGAAAAGAUACACAAGAAACUGGAGUUCCCACAAAUCGUUUAUAUGGACAGAUAUCUUCACAAAAACAUAGAACAGACCCAUGAGAGGAGAGGAGAAGUGAAGAAACUCAAGGAGCAACUCGCAGCCCUUCAACAGAAACUUGAGUGCUACAAAAACUAUGGCUCAGGACCUACCAAGUAUCCUCUGGCUGACAUGCUGCAGUUUGUGCUGGAGUUCGCUACCACCAAGCCUACAAGUGUUUCCCCAGCGGAAGAUCUGAGACCAACUUCACCCUCACCGACUCCUGCAAGCCACCCCCUCAGUGACCCCACCUCCAAAGACAACAGUGAAACUGGAGACACAGAUUCACCAGAGGGCCUGGUUGCCGGUGUUUCCAGUUGCCAGCGGACCCCCAUAUACAAACCCUUCACCCAGUGCAGACUCCCGAUUGACUGCCCACCACACCCAGCCCCGCACAGCAUCACUGAAGAAGAGCUGCACUUCGUUAAGACCUGCCUGCAGCGUUGGAGGACCGAAGUAGAGAAUGACAUAAAUGAGCUAAAGGCCAGCAUUGACAGGCUCAGUCAGACGCUCGAGGUCAUGUACUCCGACAACACUCUCUGCCAGGUCCCCUACAGACUCCACGCAGUGCUCGUCCAUGAAGGCCAGGCAUCAGCAGGUCAUUACUGGGCCUACAUCUACGACCAUGCCAACCAGCGCUGGAUGAAGUACAACGAUGUAAGCAUCACGGAGUCAUCGUGGGAGGAGCUGGAGCGAGACUCAUUUGGAGGCAUGACCAACGCCAGUGCCUACUGCCUCAUGUACAUUGAUGACAGGCUACCUAACCUCAUCACAGACGACACAGACGAUGAGACCGGCCAGGUGCUGCAUGGCAUGGACUCCCUGCCAUCCAUCCUCAGACGCUACGUCCAUGAGGAUAACCGCUGGUUCCAGCAGGAGCUCAGCGAAUGGGAGGAGCAGUUCUGCCAGGCCGCUACCCCACAGGGAGAGUCCACAGCCUCUGCAGAGCCCCCGAACCCCAGUCCAGACGAUGCACACCAAACAGAGGUUGAGCCGGCGCCCCAGUCGGGACCGUCGACUGAAGAGCUGAACCAGGGGGCUUCUUCAGAGCCACAACCAGACACAGAGGCAGAGAAGGAUCCGGAGCCUGAUCCAAGAGAAGACUCAGAGUUGACCCCACCACCGCCACAGAGCCCUGGCUGCCAGCCGGACGACGGCAGCAGUGCAGCAGUCACUGACAUCCUGGUUCCCAGCCAGAGCUCCACCUCAGCUGAGAAGGAGUUUCAGAGUCAGGCCCCUGAAGAAGAGCUCGGUGACCAGGAGCCAUCUGACGUCCGGGCGAAGGAGGACGACGACGCACAGGUGGCAGGCCUCGGCCCUCAAGCUGAAGGUGAGCCAGAGGCGUCCGGAGAGGCUCCUGAACAGGAAGCCAAGCAGGAGGAUGAGGAGCAGCGGCGGGUGGUCCCGACCAGACAGCGACAGACCGAGAACGAGGUCUCGGAGGUGGAGAUCCCGAACGUGGGCAGGAUCAUGGUGAGAGCUGAUGCUGAUGGAUACAAUGAGGAGAUGAUGCUGACUCCAGCUAUGCAGGGCGUCAUUCUGGCCAUAGCCAAGGCAAGACAAGUGUUUGAUAAGGAAGGCCCUGAGGCUGGCCUCAUCAAGGCCUUCCAUGAGGAGUAUUCCCGCCUGUAUGAGCUCUCCAAGGAGGAGACCACGCUGCAGGAGGACGCUCGUCUGCAGCACUCUCUGGUCUACUUCUUCCAGAACAAGGCACCCAAUCGCAUAAUCGAGAGGACGCUGCUGGAGCAGUUUACGGACCGCAACCUGAGCUUCGAUGAGAGGGCCAUCAGUAUCAUGAGGGAAGCCCGAUCCAAGCUGCGCCUCAUCAAGCCAGAGGACAUGGAUAUGGAUGAGUACUUGCAGUGGCAUGAUGACUACAGGCUGUUCAGGACCGUGUUUGUCUACCUGCUGACCGGGUUGGAGCACUACCAGCACGGGAAGAUGCGGGAGGCCCUGAUCUACCUGGCUCACGCGUACGAGACCAACACCACCCUGCUGAAGAACGGAGAGAAACGUGGCGUGGACAAGUCUGUUAUUGCAGGUUACAGGCGGAGGUGCCUCACUGCACUGAAUGAGAGCGCAUCACGGCUGUUUUGCAGCGGCGAGGAGACCAAUGUGGAGGAAGGGGUCGCCAUCAUGGACGAGGCCGUCAUCCCCUGCCUUCACCUGAUGAGCCGGGACUCGACUCUAUCCCAGGAAGACCGGGACGCUAUGGAGAGCAUCCGCAGCCACUGGUGCUGCUGCCUGGGCCAGGACAUGGAUGACUCAUUGCAGGUGAAGCUGGGUGAGUUUCUGCCCAGAGUUCUGGACGGUUCAGCCGAGACAGUAGUCCUCAAAGACCCUCCCAAAGUCCACGUCAACCAGGCCCACCAUGACCUGUGCAGUCGCCUGGCCGCCGUCAUGGAGUCCAUCCACAACACCUCGAUAGUCACCGUUAAGUAAAGCCCUGAACGAAACCCCCUGACGACCUCCCUGAACCGUGCGUCCGAACCUGCGAGCAACCUUGACCGAUGGAUGGUUGUGUGCUGACCGACUGCGGGGUUGAGACAGAUUAUGUAUUUCAUUUUAUCUGCUGGUUUUUUACAUUGCACAUGCAUAUCAUUUUGAUGUUUUACCAUAGAAGGCUGUAAGCACUAGAUAGAGGAUGGGGCACCACUUCAAAACUCAGCAAACCACUGGUUCUCAAACUGUGGUACAGUACCACUAGUUGUACGCAAGCUCCCUCCUGUGGUACGCAGAGGAAUCUCUAAAAUAUAUAUUUUUAAAUGAAGUAAAUUCAUAUAAUACUAUCAAAGUAUUACAAAAUGUCUAAUGAAAAUACUAUAAGAUUACUGAAAUUUUAUUUAAAAUAGGUUCCUGUAAUAUUUUUGUUUUAAUAUCAGCCUGCUAUAUAGUCAUAUUCAUGCACAUAGCACAGUGGUUCCCAACCUGAGGGUUGCCAAAGCUGCCCUUGGGUAAGGGGGUAUAAGAAAACUUUAAAAAUAAUACAGUAGUAUACACAGUAGGCCUAUAUCAUAGUUUUUGUUUCACUUCUGUGAAUAAAACUAGAUGUAAAGUAAAUUGUCUAAUAAAACAAUGUCCAAGUGCCAGCAAAGAAGCCUAUUAAGUCUGUAUGAUUGUUAAAAAUGAUCAAAAAUACAUAAUACAGACAAAGAAUUGUAUAAAAACAGGAGAAAAUCUGCUUAGAAUUCAUCCAAAUCUCGUUUUACACAAACGUCUUGCUAAGUUCAUUGUACAGUUUUGAAUAUAAUAUGAAAUAUCCAUAAAAUAUGUCACUUAAUCAGUUAACUAAAUGAUAGAAAAGGGGUCCUUUAGGGAAAAAGGUUGGGAACCACUGACGUACCGCAUGCAUACAUCUAUUAUUCGUAUACCUGGUGGUGUAUGAGAGCUGUGUGGAAGAGUUUAAAUGCUGAUUUGUUUUUAUUCUGAUUAUUAAGAAUGAAGCUGCCUCCUGCUGUAUUUUAUCGUCGGUCACAAUGGUUGUGUGUGGAGAGCCUCAUAUUUUCUGUGGUGGUACCAGGUGUAAAAUGUUUGCGAAACACUGAUCUAAAUGAUGAAAAUACAUCAGCAACUUUUAAUGUAUGCCUUCUGCCUGACCACCGACCACCGCCACCAUCAGCAACCCACGAAAAAAUACUUCAAUCAGUACUUCAGAAUCAUAACGGCCUUAAAGCAGCAGCAGGUUAUGCAAAAAGGUAGCAGCCCCCUGUAUCCAGAUAUCAGUGAACUUCUAAAAACAUACAUUCAUCCUUUUGUUCGCCCCUCCAGAGAGCACAUUGCGGACAGUGGUGGCACUGCGUAGUGGCUCUGAGAACUGUAACACUUCAUAUAGCUGCAACCAGUUUCUCACCAGCCGAACAGUUAUUCAUGAAAGCUGAACCUGCUGAACCGAAACAAGAUGUCAUCAGCAGGAGAUCACAGUCGCUCUGAUCGGCACUCCACAUGGACGUGUUUUAUUGGCCGGCAAGCGUGUUAAGUUUAAAAACUGGCAACAAUUGGACUGUCGCUCAACUCUGCAGGAAGUGACUGGAUUGGUACGAUUUGUUGUUGUGUUGCUAAGCAGUGUGAACGCACAAUAAGGCCUUUAUACAGGGCUGAAUAAAAACCCCUCUAGAUAUAUACUGCACAGUAACAAAUGAUGUUUAUGAGCUUUUUUAAAUAUAUGUUUUAUAUUACUUUGUAUUUUUCCAAAACACUGUAGGAAAUUUUACAUGUAAGUGAAGCUAGAAAGAAAGAUAUCUACAGUACUAUACAAAUAUUAAUGGCAGGGCUGCUGCACACUUGACACUGCCCUGCUGGACAGCACCUUGCUCAACAGACAUGCCUUUUCUCUUCGUUUGAAAACAUGUAAAACCUUAAAAAGGAAAGACAUAGAACAAGAGAUGAAGUCCUUUUUUAUUUGUCUGAAUCAGGAUUUUCUGGCCAGCAACAUGGAGCUAACAGCCAUUUCUGGCUGCUGAUGUUACACUGCUAUUUCACCUGUAGUCUGUGAUGAUACUCAAUAAAUAUUUUAAAUAUUC